AUGAAUAAGAAUUUCUUUGUAGAUGAUGCAGAUUCAGUUGAUUUUUCAUCUUUCAAUUUUGAGCAAAAUCGUAGUCCACGUGAAAAAUUUGAAAAAAUAUCGACACUAGUUUAUGAAAUGAUACAAACGAAAGAAAGUUAUGUUUCAAUGAAGUCUAAUGAAAAUCGAAUUAUUGAAUAUGUGAAACAUCAUUUAAAUGAGAUCGAUUUGUUAGGAUGUUGUAUAGUAAAUCAGCUAGAUAAUAUUUACGAACUAGAAAUAUUAAAAACAUUAUUCAGUAGUGACGAAGAAAAACACGAAAUUCAAUGGAUUUUAUCGUUUAUUGAAAAGGAUGAUGAAAGAAAUCAUAAAAUACAGAGUUUAAUUGACAUAUUUGUAAAAUCUGUUUUAUCAUGGUUAGAAGAAUUCAGUGCAUUGAAAUUUAGUCUAGUAAAAGAUAAAAUUUUAAAACGAUAUGCUACUGAAGAAGAAAGGCAAAAUAAAGAUGUUUUAGAUAAAUUUGAAAAUUUUGUUCAAAUGUCUCAAUUUUUUAUUGAAAAUCGUCCCGAUGAUUGGUUUGAAAUUAUGCGAGACAUUACUUUAAGUAAUCAAAUUGAAAUUUCAUUGAAUGAUCUCAUGAAAAUAAUUUCAAUACUUCCCGAUUUUCAAGAAUUAUCGAUAGUAAAACAAAUAAUUAAUAAGAAGAAAACAAAUAAACGGUUAUUUAAUAUUUUAUUUGCUCGUAUAACAUACAAUUUAACAAGAAUGUUAAGAGGAAAUGUUAAUCCUGAAUUAGUUAAUAAAUUAAGUCAUUUAAAAGAAACAUUACAAUUCGAAAUGGAUCCAAAAUGUUUAUUCACAGACAUAUUUGGUCAAUUACUUUUAGACUAUGAGAAUCAAGAAGCUAAAGUAUUAGAAAUAAUUUGA